CCCAGCCUCCAGUCCUCACCCUGCCACCUGCCUCUCUGCGUCUGUCCCCUCAGUGACAGACAGGCUGCUCCUCUUCCUUUAACCCCUCCGUCUUGAUCUUAGUCCGGCUCUUGCGUCUGUACUGUGCACUUCCACCUCACCUGGAUUUUUGCUCCCUACCUGCCUCUUUCUUGUUGGAUCUAUUGGAUCUAACCUGCCCGUUCGACCCUCCCACCGUGAUUAACCCUUUAAAGCCCAGACGAUGGCAGAGGGUGCGUCUCCUGAGGAUUACUGUGACGAGCCCGCGGAGGACGAGUUCGGAGAGAUCAUCAAGUGCCGUUCUGAUGAGAGAGAAGAUGUUCAGAAGAAGACUUUCACAAAAUGGGUGAACUUACAGCUGACUAAGACAGGGAAAACACCUGUGGAGGAUCUGUUCUCUGAUCUGUGUAAUGGACGCCGCCUGCUGGAGCUGCUGGAGGGACUCACAGGACACGAGCUGGUGAGACUGGAGAAAGGCUUCACUCGUGUUCACUCGCUCAACAAUGUCAACCGUGCUCUGCAGAUCCUGCAGAAGAACAAUGUCGACCUGGUGAAUAUUGGAGCGGGCGACAUCGUUGAUGGGAAUCACAAACUGAUUCUUGGCCUCAUCUGGAGCAUUAUUCUCCACUGGCAGGUAAAGGAUGUGAUGAAGGAUGUGAUGGCGGGCCUACAGCAGACCAACAGUGAGAAGAUUCUGCUGAGCUGGGUUCGUCAGAACACACGGCACUACCCUCAGGUCAACGUGGUUAACUUCUCCAGCAGCUGGAAUGAUGGACUGGCCUUCAAUGCCCUCAUUCACAGCCACAGACCGGAGCUGUUUGACUGGAGCUCGGUGGACAAGAAGACGUCGGUGGAAAGACUGGAGCACGCCUUUAGUAAGGCAGAACAACACCUGGGCAUCGAGAGGCUGCUGGACCCCGAGGACUUCACGAGGUCCUGAUGGAUCUACAGAACCUUCAGCUUCAGCAGCUCACCAACUGGUUGGACAUAACCGAGGCACGCAUCAAGAGGAUCGGGUCUCAGCCGCUCGGUCCGGAUCUCGAGGACAUAAAGCACCAAGUGGAGGAACAUAAGCUCCUGCAGGAGGACCUGGAGCUGGAGCAGGUGAGGGUGAACUCAUUGACUCACAUGGUGGUGGUGGUGGACGAGAGCAGCGGGGACAGUGCCACUGCUGCCUUGGAGAGCAAGCUUCAGGUUCUUGGUGACCGCUGGGCAGCUAUUUGCAGAUGGACAGAAGAACGAUGGAUUCUUCUUCAGGAGGUUCUUUUGAAAUGGCAGCACUUCACCAAUGAACAGUGUUUGUUUGACUCCUGGUUGACUCAGAAGGAGGAGCUGGUUCGCUCCAUAAAGACCUCCAACCUGAAAGACCCGGCAGAAAUGGCUGCCUGUUUGCGUCGCCUUGCUACGCUGAAAGCAGAGCUGGAGGCGAAGCACCCCACCAUGGACAAGCUGUGCUCCAUGAGCCAGGACCUGUUGUUCAGCGUCAAGAACAAAGAUGUGGCCAGCAAACUGGAGGCCAGACUGGACAGCUUCGCCCAGCGCUGGGACCGCCUGAACCAGAGUCUGGAUCUGAGCAGCUCCCAGCUUUCAUCGUCUAUCAGCACAACCAAGCAGCCCGAGGGGUCCCAGUCCAUCACGACCACCAUUACCAAGUCAUCUAUCAGCACAACCAAGCAGCCCGAGGUGUCCCAGUCCGUCACCACCACCGUGACCAAAGUGACGAGAGAAAAGGUGUCAGCGCUACGCCACGCUCGAGAGUCACCGCCGCCCCAAAAAAAGAGACAAGUGGUCGUGGAUUCUGAACUCAGGAAAAGAUUCAUGCACCCGUUCCUGCUGUCUUUUCUCAGCAGGUUCGAUGUGGACUUCACAGAGGUCCACAGCUACAUGACCCGUGGAGAGGCCAUCCUGCAGAGUCCUGAGUUCUCCGUGUCACGCAAGGAGGGGAGCGUUCAGGAGCUGCAUGACAAAGUGCAGGCCAUCGACAAAGAGCGACCAGAGAAGUACAGGAAGCUCCAGGAGGCGACGCGCACGGCGCAGACCCUCGUCGAGCAAGAGGGCAGCCGUGCAGAUGACAUUGCUCAGGCGGCAGAUCAGCUGAACCAGCGCUGGGUGGGUUUCUGCACCCUGUUGGCAGACAGGCUGACUUGGCUGGCUUACCAGACAAAGGUUUUGGCCUUCUACAGCUUGUAUGAGCAGUGUGAGCAGGCGGUGGACAACAGUGAGAACUGGCUCAAAGUUCAGGCACCUCCAGCGUCUGAGCCGGAACCCCUCAAAGUACAACUGGACCGAUGCCGGCUUUGUUCUGAAGAGAUAGCUCGCCUGUCCUCCCUGCAGCCCCAGGUGGACCUCCUUGAGAGACGACUGAACGAGCUGAAAGAGGAAAAGGAAGGGGACGAGGAUCCCUCGGCCUUCCUGGACACCGACAUCACUGCCUUCAAAGAACACUACCACAAAGUCCUGGAGGAUCUGCGGGCACGAGAGAGGCAGCUACAGCUGGUUUUGGAAAGUCUGCCCCCAGCUCAAUACAAAGAGACCAUAUCCGCACUGUUAGCCUGGAUCCAACAGUGUGAAGCCAAACUGUCCAUCCCGUCCACGGCUGUUACAGAGUAUCCUGUUAUGGAGCAGAGACUGAAAGACGUUCAGGCUCUGCAGGUGGCUCUGGCUGAGCACCAGGGGGAGGUGGACUACCUGACAACAGUUGUGGAGCAGGUCUUCCAGAAAGCUCCGCCAGACAUCAGCCAGAAAUAUCGUAUGGAGAUCGACUCCAUCAUGGCCCGUUGGAAACGACUGGGUUCCACGUUAACGGACAACGCUCAGAGAAUCCAGGAGCUCAUGGCCAAACUGAUGCAGUUCGAGAAUGAUGUAAAGACUUUAAAGAAAUGGAUGGCCGACGUGGACGUCUUCCUGAACGAGGAGUGGCCGGCUCUUGGAGACUCUGAAGCACUGGAGAAACAGUUAGAGCAGUGCACGGCACUGGUUAAUGACAUCCACACCAUCCAGCCCAGCGUCAAUGGUAUCAACGAAGUAGGCCUGUACCUCAAGAAGGAGGCGGAGCCACCGUUUGCCAUCUACAUUCAAAAAGAACUGGACGAACUUAACGCCCAGUGGGAGAUAAUCUGCAAACAGGCCUACGCAAAAAAGUCAGCUCUGAAAGGAGGCCUCGAUAAGACCAUGGCGUUGAGGAAGGAGAUGCAGGAGAUGCAGGAAUGGAUCAACCAGGCAGAAGAAGAUUAUCUGGAGAGAGACUUUACGUACAAGACCCCUGAAGAACUACGCAAGGCUGUYGAGGAACUCAAG